AUGUCUGAAACUUCUACAAAAGCCGAUCAUCUCUGUGUUUUGGUGCACGGACUCUGGGGAAAACCAUCUCACCUGGAUUCUGUGGCCUCUGCACUGAGAGACCGCCAUGGCGAUCAUCUCCACAUCCUGUCCGCGAAAGAGAACAGCGGCAACUGGACAUAUGAUGGAAUUGAGCUCGGUGGAGAGCGAUUGGCCCGUGAGAUCGAAGAGACCCUCGAUGCUCUCGAACAGAAGGGUCAUAAGAUCCAAAAGCUGAGCAUCGUUGGCUACUCACUAGGUGGCUUGAUCGCGCGAUAUGCCAUUGGCUUGCUUCACAGCCAAGGCGUGCUCGACAAGCUGGAGCCCGUGAAUUUCACCACCUUUGCCUCCCCACAUGUUGGGGUGAGAACGCCGCUCAAGGGAAUCAGGAGCCAUAUCUGGAAUGGCCUGGGAGCAAGGACUGUCUCCAUGUCUGGUCAACAGCUUUUCUUGAUCGAUGAGUUUCGUGACACUGGGCGUCCACUGCUCAGCGUGCUAGCGGAUCCAGAAAGCAUCUUCAUCCAAGGGCUGAAGAAGUUCCGUCACCGCAGUGUUUACGCCAAUAUUAUCAACGAUCGCUCUGUCGUUUUCUACACCUCAGCCCUCUCCAAGGUCGACCCAUUCCAUGACCUCGAGAACAUUCACAUUAACUACGUCAAAGGCUAUGAUGAUGUGAUCAUCGACCGUGACAACUACUUAUUGCCUCUCACGCCGGAAGACCCAUCUGGUGGAUCUUCUCGAUAUUGGAGGCAAUUCAAGGCAUUCGCCUACGGGUUGCCUUUCUAUCUGCUCGUGCUUGUCUUAAUCGGCCCAGCGUCCACGAUCUUCCUCGCGAAUUCAGUCGUGCAGACCAUCCGCAGUAGGAAAAGAAUUCGUCUGCACGGUGAAGGGAAGAAUGGCAAACAUUUCGGAAGAUAUCGCGUUCCUUUACUCGUGCAAGACGUCCAGCAUGCCAUGGAGGAAGUGUUUGAGAAUGUCAACGCUCGACAAGAGCCUGCCUAUCUCUCUGGCAGUGAAGCCGAAGAGGUUGAAUUAGGGCAUGCAAGCCGCUCGAAGUCGAGUGGGUCUGACGGGUCUGAAGCUAUGUUGGCUGACGGCUCCUCAAAAUUCCCCACACUUGCGCUCUUACCUGAGCAAUUUGCCAUUAUCGACUCACUGAAUGCCGUCGGUUUCCACAAAUACCCUGUGCAUAUCCAAAAACACCGACACAGCCACGCAGCUAUCAUCGUUCGCAUGCCCAAGGAUGGAUUUAGAGAGGGCAAAACUGUCAUGAAGCACUGGCUGGAUAACGAGUUUAUGGUUUGA